UGAGUACGAGUAAAUACGUCUCGUGAAAAUUGAGGAUAGUUGUCUUGGCCGCCAAUCUGUGGUGCAGCCGAAUACGUCACAAAAUCCUUUUUACCAUGUUUAUCAGCUGGUAGACUGCCUGUGACGCGACACAGGCGCUCUUGUCUCUUGUGCCAUUGCUGUCUGUUUAAAGUUGUUUUCAAGGAAGCCAUGGAGGCAUUGUACAUAUGGCGGUAGUGGCUGUCUUUUUUGCCAUUGCUGUAGUUUUCUUUCUUUUCUUCCGAGGACGACGUAUUUUCACUAAAGGUCUUAAACUGUAUCAAGAGCGAGCAAGCAGAACUCAAAAACAGUUAGAGAUUCUUCUUCAGGGGAAAAUCAGCUCGACGAUGUCUACCUCUGAUAAUGAUUCAGAUGUCAGCGAAGACGGAAUUUCGUUAAAAAUUGACUCCAAAGGUUCCAAAGAGUGCAAUAUUGCCACUCCAGCUGAAUUUGUUAAAAGAUUUGGUGGCUCACGUGUGAUAGAGAAAGUCUUGAUAGCAAAUAAUGGUAUUGCCGCUGUGAAAUGUAUGAGAUCUGUUAGACGCUGGGCCUAUGAAUUGUUUGGCAAUGACAAAGCUAUACGCUUUGUUGCAAUGGUUACACCAGAGGACCUUCGGGCCAAUGCAGAGUACAUCAAGAUGGCUGAUCAGUACGUGCCAGUACCUGGUGGAACAAACAAUCAUAAUUAUGCCAAUGUUGAACUGAUUCUGGAUAUUGCAAAAAGAAUUCCUGUACAGGCUGUCUGGGCUGGAUGGGGUCAUGCCUCAGAGAAUCCAAAACUUCCUGAUCUGCUUUCAAAGCAUGGCAUCACUUUUAUCGGUCCACCUGCAUCAGCCAUGUGGGCUCUGGGUGACAAAAUUGCAUCAACUAUUGUGGCUCAGACUGUUGGUGUACCCACCCUCCCGUGGAGUGGAUCAGGUCUUACCCUUGACAGUUCAUCUAAGGACUUUGUUAAUGGGAAAGUUGUAGGAGUUAACCAUGACCUGUACAUGAAAGGGUGCGUGAAAGAUGUCAGCCAAGGAAUCAAGGUUGCCAGAGAUAUUGGUUACCCUGUUAUGAUCAAGGCUUCUGAAGGUGGUGGAGGUAAAGGAAUCCGAAAAGCAUCCAGUGAUGAUGAGUUUACAAACUUCUUCAGACAGGUCCAAAUUGAAGUACCUGGCUCUCCUGUAUUUGUAAUGAAACUUGCAAAGAAUGCAAGACAUUUAGAAGUGCAGCUCUUGGCUGAUGAGCAUGGCAAUGCGAUGUCCAUUUUUGGAAGAGAUUGUUCAGUGCAGCGUAGACAUCAGAAAAUCAUAGAGGAAGCACCAGCUGCUAUUGCUCGGCCUGACAUCUUCAGAAAGAUGGAAGAGGAUGCAGUGAAGUUGGGUCGUCUUGUGGGAUAUGUCAGUGCAGGAACUGUAGAAUAUUUGUACCAUGCUCAGGAUCACACUUUCCACUUUCUUGAACUCAACCCAAGGCUGCAGGUUGAACAUCCUUGUACUGAGAUGGUGUCUGACAUAAACCUUCCUGCAGCUCAAAUUCAGAUUGCUAUGGGUAUUCCACUGUAUAACAUCAAGGAUAUCAGAACAAUGUAUGGUCAUGAUCCAUUCGGAAAGGAUCCUAUAGAUCUUGACAAUCCUAGCAACCUUCCCAAGCCAAAGGGACAUGUCAUUGCAACUCGUAUUACUUCAGAGAAUCCAGAUGAGGGCUUUAAACCUAGUAGUGGUACAGUAAAAGAGUUGAAUUUUCGCAGCAUGAAAAAUGUCUGGGGCUACUUCAGUGUAGGAGCUGAAGGUGGCCUUCAUGAAUUUGCUGACUCUCAGUUUGGUCACUGCUUUGCCUGGGGAGAGGACAGAGAGGCAGCCAGGAGGAACAUGGUUUUGGCUUUAAAGGAAAUCUCUAUACGUGGUGAUUUCCGUACCACAGUGGAGUACCUGGUCCAGCUGUUGGAACAUGAAUACUUCUCAAAGAACAUAAUUGACACUGGCUGGCUAGAUUAUUUAAUUUCCAAGCAAGUUCAGACAGAGAGGCCUGAUGCAAUCCUUAGUGUUAUAUGUGGAGCUGUUCAUGUGGCAGAUGCUGACAUCAGCAAAAGAUAUGUCAACUUCAAGUCUGCACUGGAGAGGGGCCAAAUCCUUUCAACAGAUUGUUUAGCCAACACUGAAGAUGUUGAACUGAUCAAUGAAGGAUUCAAGUAUUGCUUAAAAAUUUGGAAGUCAGGACCAAACACAUUUUUUCUUGAUAUGAAUAAUUCUUGGACAGAAGUAGAAGCUCACAGAAUGAGUGAUGGUGGAUUACUUCUGUCGUGGAAUGACAGCAGUCACACCACGUACAUGAAAGAAGAAGUAGACAGCUAUAGAUUGACGAUCAGUGGAAAGACUUGCAUCUUUCAGAAGGAAAAUGAUCCUACAGUUUUAAGGUCACCCUCUGCUGGCAAACUAAUUCAAUUUACUGUUGAUGAUGGAGGACAUGUCUUUCAGGGAGAGUCUUUUGCUGAGAUUGAAGUCAUGAAGAUGGUUAUGCCCUUGAUAGUCAGUGAAAGUGGCUGUGUGCACUAUGUGAAGAACCCUGGUGCAGUGUUAGAGCCUGGCUCAAUUGUGGCCAAGUUGGAGCUUGAUGAUCCCAGUAAAGUUACACAGGCACAGGUCUAUAAUGGCCAGUUUCCUGAAACUUGUGGACCAAAACUGAAAGGAAGCAAAUUGCAUCAGGUUUUUCAAGCCGCACGUGAGAAUCUUCAAAAUAUCAUGGAUGGAUACUGUAUUGGGGAACCCCAUUUUUCACGGAGACUGGAGGAAGAUGUUAACACACUUAUGAAGGCCUUGAAAGAUCCUGCAUUGCCUUUGCUGGAAUUACAAGAAAUGAUCUCAUCCAUUGCAGGGCGUAUUCCUGCAACAGUCGAAGAAACUAUAAAGCGACAUCUUUCAAGCUAUGCCAGUAAUAUCACAUCAGUACUGAGCCAGUUUCCUAGUCAGCAGAUUGCAAAUGUUGUUGAUGCACAUGCAGCAACUCUGACCAAGAGAACUGAAAGAGAUGCCUUCUUUUUGAACACACAAAGUAUUGUGCAACUUGUGCAAAGGUAUCGCAAUGGAAUUCGUGGACAUAUGAAGGCAGUUGUUUUGAGUCUGUUGAGGCAAUACUUGCAGCAUGAAGUACUUUUCAACGAAGGAAAUUUUGAAAAGUGUGUGACAUUGUUGCGUGACAAGAACAAGUCCAAGGAUCUUGCAUCCGUUGUCCAAAGUAUAUUUUCUCACUCUUCUGUGGCCAAGAAAAACCAACUGACAAUAAUGCUUAUAGACCAAUUGUGUGGACGCCAAAGUGGUUUGUCAGAUGAACUAAAUCACCUUCUUCAAGAGCUUACCACACUCAAUAGAAAUGACCAUGGCAAGGUAGCGCUUAGAGCGCGACAGGCCUUGUUAGCAUCUCAGCAGCCAUCCUAUGAGCUUCGUCACAACCAGAUUGAGUCACUCUUUCUCUCAGCUAUCGACAUGUAUGGUAACCAGUUGGCUUCAGACAGUUUCCAGAAAUUGAUACUCUCCGAGACUGCUAUAUUUGAGUUUCUUCCAAGCUUCUUUUACCAUUCCAAUGAAGCGGUCAGAAGAGCAGCUCUCGAGGUUUACAUCAGGCGUAGUUAUCAAGCCUAUGAACUCACCACACUAUAUCACGAGAAGGUUGAGGAGAAUGUCCUUCUUGUUCAGUUCCAGUUUAUUCUGCCAAAUGCGCAUCCAAACAGGUUGCCGCAGAGAGUUCCUUCUAGUAAAACUGUUCUUGCCAUGCCGAGAGUUCGUAGUCUGAGUGAGGAUAUGUUUGACCUCAUAAACCAGCCGCCCUUGCAGCAAUGUCAAAGAACCGGUGUCAUGGCAGCAUUUCAAUCCAUUCUUGAAUUUGAAAGAAACUUUGAUGAUAUCAUGAGACGCUUUGAACCACCGACCCCUGAACAGCUGUCUCCAUCACCCAUGACGAGAAAGAUGAGCCUUGACCCAGUGUGGGAAAGUGAGAACAGGACAGAGCCUGGUGCGCGAAAGGAAGAGGAACCUGUUCACAUCAUUAACAUUGCCUUGCAAAUUGAGAAGAAUUGUAAAGAUGUGGAAAUUUGCCGCAAGAUGGUGUACGAAUUCACACAGUCCAAGAAAGAGAUUUUGAAGGACAAGGGAAUCAGAAGAAUUACUUAUCUGCUCAGUGAUUGUAAGGGUAUGCUACCAUGGUUCUUUACCUUCAGAGCUCAAGGAAACUUUGAAGAGGAUUCCAUUUACCGUCAUUUGGAGCCCGCCCUCGCUUUCCAGUUGGAAGUUUACCGCCUACGAAACUUUGAUCUGCAGACAAUUCCAACCACAAAUCACAACCUCCAUUUGUAUCUAGGCUCAGCCAAGAAGCUUUCAGCUCAGUCAGAAGUCACCGACUACAGGUUUUUCAUCAGGAGCAUUGUGAGGCACUCGGAUUUCAUCACCAAAGAAGCAUCAUUUGAAUACAUGGAAAAGGAGAGUGAGAUUCAGCUUCUCGAAGCUUUAGAUCAGCUAGAAGUUUGUUUCUCAGAGUGUCCCAAAAGGACAGAUUGCAAUCACAUUUUCCUUCACUUUGUUCCAUGUGUCAUCAUAGAGCCCCACAGGAUUGAAGAGAGUAUCCGUGACAUUGUCACAAGGUAUGGUAGACGACUUUGGAAGCUGCGUGUUCUUCAAGCUGAAAUGAAAGUGACUAUCAGGCUCACACCCACUGGGAAAAAGAUUCCUCUGCGAUUAUUUAUCUCCAACGAGUCUGGGUAUUACCUGGGCUUUCAUAUUUAUCGUGAGGUUACGGAUCUGAGAACAGGACAGAUAGUGUUUGAGUCCUAUGAUCAGAAACAGGGUCCUCACCACGGUCUUCCUGUCAGUACACCUUAUGUCACCAAAGAUCAUUUACAGCUGAAACGAUUUUCUGCGCAGUCUCUUGGAACCACUUAUGUGUAUGACUUCCCUGAGAUUUUCCAACAGGCCAUUGGUAGACAGUGGAAACAAUGGUGUUCUGAUCACAAGGAGGCUAAAAGUCCCCCAGAUGUUCUGAAAGUGACAGAGUAUGUUUUGGACGAGAACGACCAACUGAUGCCAAUGAACAGACUGCACGGAGAGAACACGAUUGGAAUGAUAGCUUGGAGAUUGGAGUGUAAAACACCAGAAUGUCCAGAAGGACGUGAGAUAAUUGUGGUUGCUAAUGACAUCACUGUCAUGAUUGGCUCCUUUGCACCUCCAGAGGACAUGCUUUUCAAGAGAGCUUCUGAAAUGGCCCGAUCACAAGGGAUUCCAUUUGUGUACAUCUCCGCUAACAGUGGAGCGCGCAUCGGACUGGCCGAGGAAGUGAAGCAUCACUUCAAGGUGGCCUGGAAUGAUCCUCUUGCUCCUGAGAAGGGUUUCAAGUAUCUGUAUGUCACUCCUAGUGACUUUAAAAAGUUAAGCGCCACCAACUCAAUGCACGCAGAACUGAUUGAAGAUGACGGCGAGUCCAGAUACAAAGUCACUGAUAUCAUAGGUCGUGAUGAUGGUAUCGGGGUGGAAAACUUGAGAGGUUCUGGAAUGAUCGCUGGAGAGAUGUCUGCUGCAUAUGAUGACAUUGUGACAAUGAGUCUUGUCACAUGUCGAGCAGUUGGUAUUGGCUCGUACCUAGUACGUCUCGGCCAAAGAGUUAUUCAAGUUGACAACGCUCAUAUUAUUCUCACGGGAGCCGGGGCACUGAACAAGGUUCUCGGUCGCCAAGUGUACACCUCAAACCUUCAGUUGGGGGGACCUCAGAUCAUGCACAACAAUGGUGUGACACACAUGGUGGUUUCUGAUGAUUUUGGAGGAAUAUCUGCGAUCAUGCAAUGGCUUUCGUAUGUCCCAAAAUGCAAGAAUGGUCCUCUACCAAUUUUGAAGACCAGUGAUCCUAUUGACAGGGAAGUUGAGUUCGUUCCUCCAAAGGCUCCAUAUGACCCACGGCACUUCAUUAGUGGAGCACCAGAUCCUGACAAUAAAGAUGUCUGGCUAAGUGGUUUCUUUGACCGCGGUUCAUUUGUGGAAACAUUGGACGGAUGGGCAAAGACUGUUGUAUGUGGAAGAGCCAGGUUGGGUGGUAUUCCCAUGGGAGUGAUUGCUGUUGAAACCAGAGCAGUCGAAGUUGUCAUUCCUGCUGAUCCUGGAAAUCCUGAUUCCGAAGCCAAGAUCAUAGCCCAAGCAGGUCAAGUGUGGUACCCAGACUCAGCCUAUAAAACUGCCCAAGCCAUCCUUGACUUCAAUAAAGAGCAGUUGCCAUUGAUGAUCUUUGCCAAUUGGAGAGGCUUCUCUGGAGGAAUGAAGGACAUGUACGAGAGCGUGUUGAAGUAUGGCGCCUACAUUGUUGAUGCUCUACGAGAAUACGAACAGCCAGUGUUCAUCUACAUUCCUCCCAACGGAGAGCUACGAGGAGGAGCCUGGGUUGUAGUAGAUCCAACAAUCAACCCUGAGAUGAUGGAGAUGUACGCUGACCAGGAGAGCAGGGGUGGAAUACUUGAACCCGCUGGUACAGUAGAAAUCAAGUUCCGUCGUAAGGAUCUAGUGAAAGCCAUGCACAGACUGGACACCAAAUGUCAAGUAAUUACCCAGGCCCUCGCCUCAGCAGAACUACCCGUUAAAGAACGUAAAACUCUGGAAAGACAGCAGAAGGAACGUGAGGAACAGCUUUUACCCAUUUAUCAACAGGUUUCCGUAGAGUUCGCAGACCUCCAUGACACCCCAGGACGUAUGCAGGAGAAGGGAGUCAUUGCCGAGGUACUCAAGUGGAAGGAGUCACGUCAGUUCUUUUAUUGGCGUUUAAGGCGAAUCUUGAUGACGAGAGACGCAAAGAAGAAGAUCAGGCAUGCUAAUCCUGAUAUUUCAAGUCGGCAGCUGUGUUCUAUGCUGGAGAGGCUGUUUCUUGAGGCACAUGGAAACACCAAGUCGUACUUGUGGAACGACAACAAAUCAGUUGUGGAGUGGCUGGAGAAAGAGUUGAGUCAGGCUGAACACUCUGUUAUUGACGAAAAUGUCAAGUGGAUCAGCAGGGACUGGAUUCUACGACAGAUCAAGACACUUGUACAAGAAAACCCUGAAGUAGCAAUGGACUCCAUUGUGCACAUCACUCAACAAAUGACCACAGCAAAACGGGCUCAGGUCUCCAAGAUUUUGGCUGCAAUGGACUCUGGCAAUAAUGUGGAAAAUUCGAACGGAGACUCAGCGAGCUAGAAUGGGACUUGAUUCGACUGGACAGUCUUAACGUGCAUCUCUUGGAGAUGGUAGCGAUUGUUGUUUUAGGUAUGAUUGUUCAGCAGGCCAAGAAAAACUGCGUCCUGUGGACGAUAAAAAGGUAUAUUUCUAUUCCGGGUAAUUGGAGGUGAUAGCAAUGUUCACAAAACUGAUUUUGUACCUAAAAUGUUGCUGUGUUGUGACAAGGACUUGUACAGGAGUACAAUAAAAAGCUAAAGCAAACAAAACAACAAGGCCCUGGUUGGAGGGCAUAAAGGGAGGGAUUGAUACUCUACUGACCAUCCAAGUUAUGUUUAAAAUAAGCGCAUUUUUAAACUCUGGUUUGCCUUGCGCAGAGUAACUACAUAUUGUCAAGAUGAAAUAGUGCUUGAAAUUUUCUCCAGAAAAAGUAAACGAGUUUCAGUUUUCCCUUUGUGCUUUCCAUCACCGACUGGGUAUUGUGGUGUGGGGAGUGAAAAUGUUUUUGUAAUUAAAAGUAGAAGUAAAGUUUAGCUAUAAUCAUUUUUUUUUUUCAAGAAAGAAUGUAAUUCAAUAAUUUCUUUCGUGACAUAGGUUUGAAAAUUUCAUCGUGACAUCAGCACGAACGUUUAGAUUAGUGUUGUUACGUGAUUUGAAGUCAAGACGUUCACGAUUAAUUCCUUUCUACGACCAGCCUAGUUAACUUGGGGAAGCGUCAAUAGUAAAUAAGGUUACAGUAAAGUGUAUCAGAAAUAAUUGUGGGUGGGGAAAAUAAAGUUUUUCGACAAGAAUAUCUGCAAUAAUAUUGUACGUAUUUAGAGAUUCUAAAAAAUCAACAUUGUGGUAGUCUUAAUAGGCGAACAUUUUCCUUCGAUUUGUUAUCAUGAUUUCCGUCUCAGAUUAAUUUUUUUUUUUUGAACACGUAAAUUUUGCUUAUAAAAUUCAAUAUACUGUAGUCUUUAGCAACCAUUCUUGUAUCUUAGAUGAUGACAUUAGACUUUAAUACUACUACUGAAUGCAAGUUUUGAAUAAAAGCAAUUUUAAUUUGA